AAGGCGCGUGCGCGGAGGAGCCGAGGCAGCGGUGAGACGAGACGGGGCGUCCGCAGCGGAGAGAAGAGGCGGAUCGGGAGGAUCGGGCGGGGGGCUGGCGGAGGAGCAGCAGCAGCAGCAGCAGCAGCAGCCGGGGAGGGGCGGCCCAGGGCGGCAGCAGCGGAGGAGGAGGACCCGCGCCGGGCUCACCGUGGAUGCGGAGCCGGGAAGAGGCGGCGGUGGAGGCGUCGGAGCCCCGCCGCACCCGGGCCCAGGGGGGUCAGCGAUGAACAAGCUGCGGCAGAGCCUCAGGCGGAAGAAGCCAGCCUACGUGCCGGAGGCCAGUCGCCCCCACCAGUGGCAAGCUGAUGAGGAAGCCGUCCGGAAGGGGCGAUGUAGCUUCCCAGUGCGGUACCUGGGUCACGCCGAAGUAGCGGAGUCUCGGGGGAUGCACGUUUGCGAAGAGGCCGUGAAGAAGCUGAAAGCGAGCGGCCGCAAAUCGGUGAAGUCCGUGCUUUGGGUCUCGGCGGAUGGCCUGAGAGUUGUGGACGACAAGACCAAGGAUCUGAUCGUGGACCAGACGAUAGAGAAGGUCUCCUUCUGCGCCCCGGACCGCAACUUCGACAAGGCCUUCUCCUACAUCUGCCGGGACGGAACCACGCGGCGCUGGAUCUGCCACUGCUUCCUGGCGCUGAAGGACUCGGGAGAGCGCUUGAGCCACGCCGUGGGAUGUGCCUUUGCCGCUUGCCUGGAGCGCAAGCAGAAGCGGGAGAAGGAGUGUGGCGUCACGGCCUCCUUCGACGCCACCCGCACCAGCUUCGCCCGCGAAGGCUCCUUCCGCCUGCCGGGACCCCCUGCCUCCGCCAGCCGACCCUCGGGAGCAAGGCCCCCUCAGGACAGGAAGAAAGCCGAAGCUGCGACGGUGCCUGCGCCCCCCUCCCCAGCUCCCGCCCAGCCGGGCAGCGCCUCCCCCCCGCAGGGGGCCACGUCUCCGGAGGAGAAGGCCGAGGUGGGGGGCGCCCACGCCAUCCCACGGCGGCAUGCGCCCCUGGAGCAGCUGGUGCGUCAAGGCUCCUUCCGGGGCUUCCCCACCCUGAGCCAGAAAAACUCUCCCUUCAAGAGGCAGCUCUCCUUGCGGCUAAACGAGCUGCCCUCUACCCUGCAGCGCAGGGGGGACGCAGUCAUUGAGCUCGACUCGACUCCCAACGGCGACUCCGACAGCAUCACUGCCCUCUGCAGCCAGAUCGAUUCCUCGCUCACCCAGCCGGCCGGGGAGCCCCCCAAUGUUACCCCACUUAACGGCACCCUUGGACCCACGGCAGCCGCAAUGCCCAUGGAAGGGGGCAGCACAGGUCCCUCUGCCGGAGCCCCCGUCACCCCCCCGUUCCAGCCGGGCCACAAGCGGACACCCUCCGAAGCCGAGCGCUGGCUGCAGGAAGUGGCCAAGGCUGCGAAGGCCCAGCAGCAGCAGCAGCAGCAGCAGGUGCCCAUGGCUCUGCCCCCUCCGCUGCCCGCCUUCCCCCUCAGCUACGACCUGGGCAUGUUUGUGCCGCCCCCUCCUCAAAUGCCGACAGCUUUCCUCCCCAUGGGCUUGCCCUACCCCCCGGGGAUGCCCUACGCUGCUGCCGCCGCCGCGCCCGGCAUGCCCGUGGUGGGCAUCACCCCCUCCCAGAUGGUGGCCAACGCCUUCUGUUCUGCCACGCAGGCGCCCGCCACAACCUUGGGGGCCAAGGCCAGCCCCUUCCCGCAGAACCUGCUGGGCCCGGCCCGGCCCAGACCCAACAGCGGCUCCUGGCCCCCCGAGCAGAGCCUGCCGGCGCCCCCCGCCCCCCACCAGGACCCCCCCACAGACCCCUUUGAAGCACAGUGGGCAGCGCUGGAGUCCCGGGCUCCUUCUGCCACCCCGAACCCCUUCUCCGGCGACCAGCAGAAAACCUUCGAGAUCGAGCUGUGACCGCCGCGUUUUAGCAAUUGGACUGCCGGGGGGAGGGGGGGCCGCCCUG